AUUUAUUAUAAACCUUUAGAAUAGAUUUCAUACUAUGACUAGAAUUUAUUAUUAGGCUGUAGGGUAACACAUCUUUCUUCUAUUAAUUGGAGUAUAUAUACAGCUAUGAAUAAAUAAAAGAAAUAGGGUUCAUAAAAUUAAUUUGUAAAAUUCAUAAUAUACAAUUAAUGUGAUUUUUUUUGUAAUAUUUUUAUUUUUACUAAAAGGAACUUAAUACAGGAAUAUAUAUAUAUAUAUAUGUAUAUAGGAACAUCAAGUCUAAGUUUGGAGAUAAUAGGAUUUCCAAAACAUUCUUUCAAGAAAAAUACUAAGAAAUCAUAUUAUCAGUCAACUGCAGACAAUGAGGCCCACAGAAAAUAAUAUAGGAAAGUUGAAGCAAAUAAUCUCCAUGAUUACAGAGGUCUUACAUAGGUGAUAAUAAAGUCUCUAAAAAAACAUAACAAAUCGAUAGCCAUGUUACAAAAGCUUGUAUAUGCAAAAACUGAAAUUAUUUAAAGAACAAAUAAACAGGAUAUUUUUGUAUUUUAUGAACUGUUUCCUCUAUUCAAUUUUUAUUGCAGGCUUAUGAUGAAUAUGUAAUGUUUUCAAUAACAUUUAUGAUUUCUAUUUUUGAAUAAUUCUGAGGCUAAGAUUGAUCAGAAAAGCUCAAAACUGUACAUAUACACUUUUGCAGGGAGACUGUCGAAAUGAUAAAAAAAAAAAAAGUUUAAAACCAUUUAGUAACAGGUAUAAAAAAAAAUCUUUUAAUAAGUCAGGAAUAACAGUAACAAAUAUAUAAUUAAAUUACUGUUAAUACAUACUAUUUUUCUUUGUAGCUUAAUAAUAUAUGGUGGUAUUUAUAAGGUUUCUCAAGACAAACAGAAUAUUUAUAAUAAAGGAACUAAACUAUAAACAUGCACAGUAAAUGAUAAUGAACUUAAAUAGCACUGAUAAAAAGAACAAUAAUUAAAUAUUUUAAUAAAAAAUCUAUUUCUAACCUAAGAAGUGAAGUAUAAAAAUGUAGUAAAGUACUUCUUUUUUUUAAUGAGCGAAAGAUGAUUAUAAAAAAAAUUUAUUUAUAAUCAUUAAGAAAGAAUAGUACAAAAUAUACAUACAUCUGGAACCUAUAGUAGUUAUUGAUUUCAUUCAAUAACUAUUACAGACGAUUGAAGAAACUGUAUUAUGAUAGUGUUAAUUUCCAACUUUGUUAUAAAGUUCUAAUAGAGUAUCAAUAAUUGUUCCAAGAUUAGCAUCUUUAUAUAAUGCUGUGAACCAAUCUUCUUUGGGUGCAACUUCUAAGCCAUAAGACUGUAGUGUAAUGUAUAAACAUGCCAGAGCUAAAUCUUGAGGAGUAGCAUCUAGAAUUUGAGGGCUAUGAUGUAAGUCUUGCAAAAAUGCAAGAGAACUCUGAGCAACAGGAACUCUUUCCCAGGAGUCUCGAUCCAACCAGCCUUGAAGUGAUUUAAGAUAAUGUAGUAAAUACCUAUGACACUCAGGAGGAUCUACUUUGAAUUUCAAGACCCUCAUUACAAGAAGCUCUGCUUGAAGAAGUGCAUCACGUCUCAUCCAAUAUUCAUCCUUCAAAUCAAGAAUACUUUUGUGAAGUGUGUAAUGGGCAACAUUUAUUACAUCUCUUAACUUAUAGUCAUCUGACAUCUUUCCAGCGACGUACAAAGCUGUUGCCGCAAUAAGAUACUUGUCAUAAUGGGAAAAAUCUACCUCCCUAAAAACAGUUAUCUCUUAAUAAAAUCAUAUAUAAAUACAUUUAGAUUGUAUAAUAUUAUACAACACCGUAUUUCAAACUAAAAAAAAAGAAUAAUACCUGUAAAACCUAUGGUAGAUGGUAGCUGCUGUUGCCAAAGUGAGGGGAUUGCCUUUCAACUUAUAACCACAUUCAAAUAUAAAUCUUGCACCAUAAAAGUAGUCUUCCUCUAAUUUGUAAUCGAUCCUACGGGACUUUAGUUGAUUUUCUACUUUCAUUUUAUUGAAUUCAAACAAAAUUAGUAGUAGCCGACCAUAAACAAAAGGUAAUAGCGUGGUUAUCUACAAUGCUGGGUUUGUGUGGAUGGCCUUGCUGAUUUUCUUCUAAUGAUCAAUAUUUUUAAAAAUCUUAUCAGUUUUUAAUAUGGCUGUAGUGCUUGAGUGGCGGGAAAUAUACAUUCUUCUUAAUUGCUGUUUGCAAUGAAGUGUCAUUUUUGAUUAGACGUUAUUUUUUACUGUUAAGUUUUAAGCUAUAUUUGUUAAUAUAAAAAGUGUUAACAGGUAAGCUCAAAGUAAAAGUAAGAAAAUUAUAGUCAUAUGUUCCAAUGUAUAUAAGUUAUAGUUUAUCACAUAGUUAUAUUUAUCAUUGGUAGUUAGUAUUACAUUGCUUGGUAAUAAUGAAAAAUGCUAUGCCCUUAUUCAAAAUUAUAAAUUUGAUUCAGAAAUAUCUUAUUUCCUUAAUGCCAUGAAUAUGGAAGGUUCUAAUAAAAAAUUGAAAAAUGAAUUCAACAAAUUAGAUAACUGCCAGGCAAAUGAUUCUAAUUUCCAACCGGGUUCGGAUUAUAAGCAAUUGAUUAAAGAUAUAAAAAAGUUUACCACUCUUAUCCAAGAGAAAAAAGUCGAAGAUGAGUUAUUUAAAACAGUUUAUAAUAUAGCACAUCCUAGGUUUGUAAAAGAAUUAUGGGACACUGAUGGUGACAAUGUUAGUGAGUUAUCACUCAACAGUGACACUAGUGCUGAUGAGGCUUAUUGGAAGGAUUUGGAACAAAAAAUGGAUGCUUUUCUGAAAAAUAAAAAAAUCAACAAAGAAGAAAAAACAGAUUUGAAAACAUCGAAAGACUCUAAACCAGAAGUUCCUAAUAAACCAUGGGUUGAAAAAUAUAGACCGAAGACUGUAGAUGAUGUUGUGGAGCAAACUGAAAUUGUUUCUGUUCUUAAACAGGUCCUAGGAGGAGCUGAUCUUCCCCAUUUUCUUUUUUAUGGACCUCCUGGAACUGGUAAAACAAGCACUAUUUUAGCUGCAGCUAGGGAACUCUUUGGCAAUGCAUUCAGGGAUCGUAUUUUAGAGCUCAAUGCUUCAGACGAUCGAGGUAUUCAAGUUAUUAGAGAUAAAGUUAAAAACUUUGCUCAGUUGACUGCUAGUUCAGUUCGUCCUGAUGGCUCUCCUUGUCCUCCAUACAAAAUUGUGAUAUUGGAUGAGGCUGAUUCUAUGACAGGUGCAGCUCAAGCUGCAUUAAGAAGAACCAUGGAAAAAGAAACUAAAACAACUCGAUUUUGUCUUAUUUGCAAUUACGUGAGUUCUAUAAUUGAACCCCUUACUUCUCGUUGCAUGAAAUUUCGAUUUAAACCUUUAGGCACAUAUGUUAUAAAAAGCAGAUUGGAAAUGAUUUGCAAAGAAGAAGGUGUAAACUGUGACAUGAAUGCAAUCUCAAAAAUAGUUGAUAUAAGUGAAGGUGAUUUAAGGCAAGCUAUAACAGUUUUGCAAUCGUGUGCAAGAUUGAAAGGUGGAGACAAAAUAACUGAAGAUGACAUUGUUGAAAUAAGCAAUCUUGUUCCUGAAGGGUUAGUGUUUGAUUUAGUUGAGUCAUGUAAAGAAAAUGUGUAUGAAAAAAUUCAGCUUAGAGUUACUAAAAUAAUUUAUGAAGCUUAUCCACUUUCACAAAUAGUUACACAAAUUCACAAAUACAUUACAUCUUCUAACAGCCUCACUGAUGUUCAAAAAGCAAAAAUUAGUGAGUAUAUUGCUGAAUGUAGCUCUAGGCUUCAAAGAGGUGCAUCGGAGUACACACAAUUGUUACAUUUGUGUUGUUCCAUGGGAAAUAUUCUUCAAGAAGAGUCAUGAUUUAAUCUGUUUCAGUUAAUUAUGAUUACUGUACAGUGCAUUUAUUAAAUAAAUAAUUUUUGUUAAUAAGAGUUUUAAUAAAUCUUAAGUGUUCAAUACUUCAUUUAACAAUUUAAAUAAUUAAACAGAACAAAACCCAAUUUACUUACAUUAAGUUUAUGACAGUUUAAAGUAAUAUAAAAUUAAAUUAUUGGUAAUGGUGUAGAGAUAGUUGACAAUGGUUAUAAUAUGAGGAGUUGAUCGCACCACAUUUGACCGCACACUCUACCAACUCCUCAUAAAUUAUUGGUACAUUUAAAAUCUUAUUAUUUUGUAAUACAAGUUUGCAGUUUAAUUUGAUCUAAAUUAUUAUUUUAAUAUUAUUACAAAGGAAAUAAUUCAUUAUAAUAUAUACAACUAAUUCAACAGUAUUACUAUCAGUUAAACUUAAUUUUAUAUAACAGUUUGUUUUUUCUACUAAUAAUUGAACAGAAAUAUUUUAUUUUACAUUUUCUUGAGUUUAUUAUCUAAGAGAAAUAUAUAUAUAUAUGUACAUAGAAAAAAUAAGUAAAGAAAUCAAAAUCUUAAAAUGAAUGAAUAAUGGAAUGAUUCAGGUGUUCUUCAAAAGCAGCUAUAGAUCAGUUAUUGGAUUGCC